UCUCGCGGGUUCCGUUGCUAUAGGAGCUCCGAGCUAACAAUACCCCUCCCCUGAGUCCUCCGGGCUGUGUGGCUCUGGUUGCUGCCGUCCCGGAGGAGCCGCGGCAGCGGCUCGUGCUUCCAAGCCGCGCCACGGGGAGAGUCAUGCCCCUCUGCCAGAGGCGCUCGUCUCGUUUCCUGCCGCUUGCUUGGAGCGCCAGCAAAGUUCGGAGAAAGGGCCUUUGUUCAGUUGAUUGAGGAUGUCUUUGGCUGACAAGAGACUUGAAAACCUACAGAUCUAUAAAGUUCUCCAGUGUGUGCGUCAGAAGGACAAGAAGCAGAUUGAAAAGCUCACCAAACUUGGAUACCCUGAACUCAUUAAUUUCACUGAGCCGGUCGAUGGAGACAGUGCCCUUCACUUGGCCUGUGUUGCUAACGACAUUGACAUGGUUAAUUUUCUCUUGGAGCUUGGGGCUCAUCCAGAUGUCCAGGAUCGAAUGGGGCGCACACCUGUGAUGAAAGCUGCUGAGCUUGGCCAUGACUUAGCCUUGGAUGUAUUAGUCCAGGCUGAGGCGGACAUGACCAUCGUUGAUCAGGAAGGGAAAGGUGUUCUGUUUUAUUGCAUCUUGCCUACCAAACGGCACUACCGCUGUGUUCAGAUGGUCCUAGAGUAUGGGGCAGAUGUUAACAACUGUACGUUUGAUGGGAAGCCGGUUUUCGUACAAGCCUGUGAGCAAGCACAUGAGAUCAAAGAGAUGUGCAUGAGCUUUUUGGAAAGAGGAGCAGACCCAAAUGCAAGGAACCCAGCAACUGGCCGCACUGCCCUGAUGGAGGCAGCGAGAGAAGGCGUUUUGGAAAUUGUCCGCGGUAUCCUUGAAAGAGGUGGAGAAGUUAAUAUUUUUGAUGAUGAGAGACACCACGCUGCACAUUUUGCUGCCAAAGGAGGUUUUUUUGAGAUCUUGAAGCUUAUUUCUGCCUAUAAUGGAGAUGUCGGCUUGAUAGCCAUGAAUGGAAAUACACCGCUUCAUUAUGCUGCUUCCGGAGGUUAUACUGAAUGUUGCAGGUUUAUAGGCCAAAGAGGCUGUGAUCCGACGUGGAGGAACUUAGAGAAAAAGACCCCAAGGAUGGUUGCUAAAGAUGGUGGCUUUAAAGCGGCAGUCAAGGAGAUUCGUAGAAUUGAGCGGCGCUUUGCCAAAUUCUCCAAGCCCAAACUUGGGGUGAAGAACCCCAACCCGCCCUGGGCUGUCAGGCUACAUGACUGGUCUGUGGAACAUCAGGCAAGCCUCCGCGACGUGUUCGAGGCAGUGGACAGAGGCGAUGGGACAAUCGCCAAAGAUGAUUUUAUAGCCAUCAUUGAGGAAAAAUGUCCAUAUGUGGAACCCGAUCAAAUAUUAACAAUUGCCCAGGCUCAUGAGAAAACUCGUGCAGGGGGGAUCAACACUGAGGAGUUUCUUAAGGGCAACCGGUACUUGCAGAAAGCCUUCCUCCUUUCGUCAUAUGGUCCCAAGAAGAAGAAAGGCAAGAAAGCAAAGGGCAAGAAGGCCAAAUUUGCUGUCCCCAUUCCUAUCUGUGUCAUUCCUGAGAGCUCGCGCCCCCGUCGCCCAGAUGGCGGGCCACCGGAGUACAUGAUUGAGACCUAUCAGAACAUAACGGACUGCAACCGAUUCAAUCGUGACCACCCACCCGAGCAUCCCAUACAGGAUGAUUCCUGGUGGUACAUUGAUGACCCACAGAAAAACUUCUCCAACAUCAACUACCUCACGAAAGCAGGGGACCUUUCGUCCCUGAAAAAGGCCUUUGAAUCGGGGUUGUCAGUGGACAUCAGAGACCAUUUCUACAAGACCCCCUUGAUGGCGGCCUGUGCAAGUGGCAACAUCGAAGCUGUGCAGUUCCUUCUGGAACAGGGGGCUAGUGUGAAUGCAAAAGACAAUUUCAUGUGGACUCCUCUCCACCAUGCCUGCCAUGCAGGGCAGCAGGAUAUUGCAGAGCUGCUAAUGAAAUCCGGAGCAACCAUAGAUGCCAUUUCAAUCAACGAUGGAACCCCAUUGAUGAGAGGGAUUGAGAGCUGCAGGCUGGACACUGUGCAGUACUUAAUCAACAGCGGUGCUAAACCUCAAUUGACAAACCGAAGAGGGCAAAAUUCUCUGGAGAUUGCAAAAGCAUAUGCUGACACCCGGUUAGUUCACUUCAUCCAAGACACGCUGGACCAUUUGCCCAAACCCCCAGAAGGCAAAGGGGAUAAGCAGAAAGGGAAAAAAGGUGGCAAGCCUAAAGCCCCGGCACCGGCCCCUGCACCUCCCAAGCCAAAGACUUCAGAGGCUGAUGCAAAGGAGCCUGUCAAAGAGGAGGUUCCACUGCAAGCUGAACCGGUCAUUGAAAAAUCUGUCUUUGAAGAGAAAAAAGAAACCGUCCGGGAUAAUGUUGUCCAUUUGAAUUCACUGAUAACCAGGGGAGCGACAAAGAAAGUUAAUAUAACUUUCACGCCACAGAGGACUUGGAGUCCAGAAGCAACAACAACAGAUCUCCUAAGAAAGAGGGAGUUACGUCGGCAACGUUUUACUUACGAGGUGGACUUUGAAGACUUCAUGAUGCCAUUUAAGAGAAAUUUUAUGGAGAAAGCCCGUACAUUAGGACAGGCUGCUGCCUUACAUUAAUCACUGGGCAAUUUCUGCAUGGAAAUUCAGGAAGAGAAGAGCAUGAGUUUAAAAAGAAGAAGAGAAAUCUUUGAAAAGCAUAAUCAUGUUGCCCCUAAUUGUGAUAAAAGGUUUACUUUGUUCUUUA